AUUUGAAGAGGUCUUUGGAGACAUGGUGGUUUCUCUUUCCUUCCCAGAAGCAGAUCCAGCCCUAUCAUCUCCUGGUGCCCAACAGCUGCAUCAGGAUGAAGCUCAGGUAGUGGUGGAGCUAACUGCCAAUGACAAGCCCAGUCUGAGUUGGGAAUGUCCCCAAGGACCAGGAUGCGGGCUUCAGAACACAGGCAACAGCUGCUACCUGAAUGCAGCCCUGCAGUGCUUGACACACACACCACCUCUAGCUGACUACAUGCUGUCCCAGGAGUACAGUCAAACCUGUUGUUCCCCAGAAGGCUGUAAGAUGUGUGCUAUGGAAGCCCAUGUAACCCAGAGUCUCCUGCACUCUCACUCGGGGGAUGUCAUGAAGCCCUCCCAGAUUUUGACCUCUGCCUUCCACAAGCACCAGCAGGAAGAUGCCCAUGAGUUUCUCAUGUUCACCUUGGAAACAAUGCAUGAAUCCUGCCUUCAAGUGCACAGACAAUCAGAACCCACCUCUGAGGACAGCUCACCCAUUCAUGACAUAUUUGGAGGCUUGUGGAGGUCUCAGAUCAAGUGUCUCCAUUGCCAGGGUACCUCAGAUACAUAUGAUCGCUUCCUGGAUGUCCCCCUGGAUAUCAGCUCAGCUCAGAGUGUAAAUCAAGCCUUGUGGGAUACAGAGAAGUCAGAAGAGCUACGUGGAGAGAAUGCCUACUACUGUGGUAGGUGUAGACAGAAGAUGCCAGCUUCCAAGACCCUGCAUAUUCAUAGUGCCCCAAAGGUACUCCUGCUAGUGUUAAAGCGCUUCUCGGCCUUCAUGGGUAACAAGUUGGACAGAAAAGUAAGCUACCCAGAGUUCCUUGACCUGAAGCCAUACCUGUCCCAGCCUACUGGAGGACCUUUGCCUUAUGCCCUCUAUGCUGUCCUGGUCCAUGAAGGUGCGACUUGUCACAGUGGACAUUACUUCUCUUAUGUCAAAGCCAGACAUGGGGCAUGGUACAAGAUGGAUGAUACUAAGGUCACCAGCUGCGAUGUGACUUCUGUCCUGAAUGAGAAUGCCUAUGUGCUCUUCUAUGUGCAGCAGACUGACCUCAAACAGGUCAGUAUUGACAUGCCAGAGGGCAGAGUACAUGAGGUUCUCGACCCUGAAUACCAGCUGAAGAAAUCCCGGAGAAAAAAGCAUAAGAAGAAAAGCCCUUGCACAGAAGAUGCGGGAGAGCCCUGCAAAAACAGGGAGAAGAGAGCAACCAAAGAAACCUCCUUAGGGGAGGGGAAAGUGCUUCAGGAAAAGAACCACAAGAAAGCUGGGCAGAAACAUGAGAAUACCAAACUUGUGCCUCAGGAACAGAACCACCAGAAACUUGGGCAGAAACACAGGAUCAAUGAAAUCUUGCCUCAGGAACAGAACCACCAGAAAGCUGGGCAGAGCCUCAGGAACACGGAAGGUGAACUUGAUCUGCCUGCUGAUGCAAUUGUGAUUCACCUGCUCAGAUCCACAGAAAACUGGGGCAGGGAUGCUCCAGACAAGGAGAAUCAACCCUGGCACAAUGCUGACAGGCUCCUCACCUCUCAGGACCCUGUGAACACUGGGCAGCUCUGUAGACAGGAAGGAAGACGAAGAUCAAAGAAGGGGAAGAACAAGAACAAGCAAGGGCAGAGGCUUCUGCUUGUUUGCUAGUGUUCACUCACCCACUCACACAGGCUCCUGUGGACAC